AUGGGUUGCACGGAGCUUGUUCCUGCGGGUGGUAGCUACUACUUCGGACGUCUCAUUGUGUUGAUGCCAGGUGGGAACGUGGCACUAAUGAGCUGUUCUGUAUUUCAGGCUUCCUUCCUUUCGGACCAGCCCGAGCCUUACCUCCCAUUCCUUUCACAUUUCAUCGAAACACAGAUGUUUGCAACCUUCAUAGACAAUAAAAUAAUCUCCCAGUGGGAAGAGAAGGACCCUUUUCUGCGAGUUUUUGACUCCCGAGUUGAGAAAAUAAGGCUAUAUAAUGUAAGGGCCCCUGCACUGCGGACAUCCAACUAUCAGAAAUGCAGCACUUUGAAAGAAGCAGCCCAGUCCAUCGAGCAGCGGCUGAUGAAGAUCGAUCAUACGGCCAUCCACCCACACUUACUUGACAUGAAGAUCGGCCAAGGGAAAUAUGAACAAGGAUUUUUCCCGAAGUUGCAGUCGGAUGUCUUGGCAACGGGACCUACCAAUAACAACCGCUGGGCCAGCCGCAGCACGACCACGCAGCGGAGGAAAGACCGCCUGCGGCAGCACUCUGAGCAUAUUGGGCUGGACAACGAUUUGAGGGAGAAAUACAUGCAGGAGGCCAGGAGUCUAGGAAAAAAUCUGAGGCAGCCCAAACUCUCAGACCUCUCUCCAGCUGUGAUUGCGCAGACCAACUGGAAAUUUGUGGAAGGGUUACUGAAGGAAUGUCGCAUGAAGACUAAACGCAUGUUGGUAGAGAAGAUGGGCCAUGAAGCAGUCGAACUGGGACAUGGAGAAGCCAACAUAACAGGUCUGGAGGAAAACACAUUGAUUGCUAGUCUCUGUGAUCUGCUAGAAAGAAUCUGGAGCCAUGGUCUGCAGGUCAAGCAGGGGAAAUCUGCUUUGUGGUCCCACUUACUUCAGUACCAGGAGAGAGAAGAGAAACAAGAGCACAGUGCGGAGUCCCCAGUUGCUGUUGGAACAGAAAGACGAAAGUCUGAUACAGGAAUUGCUCUACCUACUUUGAGGGUUUCCCUGAUACAAGAUAUGAGGCAUGUUCAGAACAUGAGUGAGAUAAAGACAGACGUGGGGCGAGCCCGAGCCUGGAUAAGGCUUUCUCUGGAGAAGAAACUUUUGUCUCAGCACCUGAAGCAGCUGCUUUCCAACCAGGCACUUGCCAAGAAACUUUACAAGCGUUACGCUUUCCUGCGCUGUGAAGAAGAACGGGAACAGUUUCUGUAUCACCUGCUCUCACUCAAUGCUGUGGAUUACUUCUGCUUCACAAGCGUCUUCACCACAAUCA